CGAGCAAGCUCGAUCGCGCUCGCGAUUAAUCGUGCUUAACAGCCGAUGACGCAUCGAUCGUGCUAAGCCGCGGAUGUCGCUCAGCUUAUUAACUCGUCGAGAGGAACAAGAAGGAAGUCGACCACUUCACAUUAUCAUAUUCUUCGCUCUCGCGGGAAUCGAUGCGCGACGCCGCGCAUCAAUUGCAACGAGGAAUGCCGCUCCAAAGUCCAAGACACCUGGUCUUGCGGAGAGCAUCGUGUAUCGCGCGUCAAGAUGCACUACCACGCUUGCCCGUAUAGUCAUGGGAAACGUUAGCCGAUCUGGUAAAAAGAGACUCUGCGCGGAAACGAGAGUCACGCUCGUGAUUUCGUCGUUAUCGCUCGCUGAAAGUGGUCCCUCGGAUCCAUCCAAUCGACGACCUGAAACCGUGUGUGUGGGAAUAGCGAUCGAUGCUUGCAACAAAGUAACGAGGAAUCUAUCGUGAGAAGCGAUGCGAUACCAUUCCGCAACAUCUCCCCGUAGGCUCGCGGCUACGCGACUCCCACGGUUCGCCGAGCGUUGAAAAAGAAAAAAAAAAACGCGAGUAUAGCCCAGUCCUCUUAUCUCAUGGUGAACGAAUUUUUGCCGCAGCGAGAACCAAUAAUUGCAUACGGGAUUGUGCCAGUAGCCGCGAAGUGCCGGGGCGUACGUAUCGGAGAUGCGAUUCCGCCGGCGCAAGGGGGAAGAAAGAACGAAAAAGCUAACUGCGGGGUGGAUGAGAUAGAGCGAGGGUCGAGCGGGUAGAGAGAGAGAGAGAGAGAGAGAGAGAGAGAGAGAGAGAAGAAAGAGAGAUAUAUAAGCGAACGGUUGUAAGCACUUGAGUUCUUGCAUGGUGAGGUGCGAGGGGCAAUUUGCGGUGCGCUGCGAAUGUUUCAUUACUGGGAAGAGCUCACCGCUCAGCUACCGAAUUUCGAAUGAGCUACCGGCCAGGCCGAGAGAAACGCUCGCUCGCUCGCUCGCGCGCGUCUGUCAGUCGCUGAAGACUCGUAAUUGAAAUCCGCUGCCUCGGGAGCCGCGCCGACCGCAAAUAGCGCAAGCAAACACUUUUGUCUCGGACCGUCCGCAAUUUGCAUCGUUACAUUGUGCGUCGCCGCGUAAGACGCGCGCGCGAGACGCGUCUGUACGCGCGGGAUUCGAAGGGAAAAACAUUUACGAUUUCGUAGUGUGAAAAUAUAUCCCGUUAAAAUUUGCGCGUAAUAUGCGCGUGGCGUGUUUCCGAGGUAAUUUGGGAUAUUGCAUACGUAGCAAUUUUGUGUAAUUGCGAAUGUUGAAACAGUGUGAGAGACGUCAUUUUGUCCAUUGAAUAUAAAUUAUCGAUUAAUGAGACAAGUAGUUAAAGUAUUAUUGUUAUUUGAAUUCAAUAUUUGUUUAAGAAGUAAUAGUGGUAAUUAUCUAUCAUAUUUCUUCAUUUUUUCCAAUAAAAUUUUUAACCAGCAAAUUUUUUAACAAAAAAACAAAUUUUUCAACAGUGUUUAUAAAACGCAUAAAAAGACUCUAUUGUUGUAUUAAUUAUU